GGCCCGGCGGUGCCCGCGGGACCGGGAGCCGGACCGGGAACGGGAACGGGAAAGGAGCGGGAGCGGGACCGGGACGAGCCGGGGCCGCGGCGCCGCCUCCCGGGGGCAGCGGGAGCGCGGAAGAGCCGGCGGCGGGAGGAGAGCGCGGCGGCCGGGAAGAGCCGGCGGGAGGCGGCCGGAGCCAGGCGGGAGCGGGCCGGGAGGAGCCGCCAUGGAGCGGAAGAGUGCUUUUCCUUUGGGCCAAGCUUCCCCAGGAAGAGACAGGACUCUCAGUCAUUUCAGCCCCAGCGGGAAGAAGUUCCGGAGCAAGCCGCAGCUGGCACGUUACCUGGGCAGCUCCAUGGACCUGGGCACCUUUGACUUCCGCACAGGGAAAAUGCUGAUGAACAAAAUGAACAAGAACAGGCAGAGGAUGCGCUACGACUGCUCCAACCAGGCCAAAGGCAAGCCUGAUUUGAACACAGCCCUGCCYGUGAGACAGACAGCCUCCAUCUUCAAGCAGCCCGUCACAAAGAUCACAAACCACCCCAGCAACAAGGUGAAGAGCGACCCUCAGAAAGCUGUGGACCAGCCCAGGCAGCUCUUCUGGGAGAAGAAGCUGAGUGGCCUGAACGCCUUUGACAUCGCAGAGGAGCUCGUGAAGACCAUGGACCUUCCCAAAGGGUUGCAAGGGGUUGGCCCCGGCUGCACAGAUGAGACUCUGCUCUCUGCCAUCGCCAGUGCCCUGCACACCAGCACCAUGCCCAUCACUGGGCAGCUCUCUGCGGCCGUGGAGAAGAACCCUGGGGUCUGGCUGAACACCUCCCAGCCUCUCUGCAAAGCCUUCAUGGUGACAGAUGAAGAUAUCAGGAAGCAGGAGGAGCUGGUGCAGCAGGUGAGGAAGAGGCUGGAGGAGGCACUGAUGGCUGACAUGCUGGCCCACGUGGAGGAGAUCGCCAGGGAUGGGGAGCCUCCCUCAGAGAAAGAGGGAGCAGAGGAUGAAGGAGAAGAAGAGGAGGAGGAGGAGGAGCAGGAMCAUGACCAGGAGAUGGAGAAUGUAUAGUCCAGGGAGUUUGAUCUAAGAAUUCCCAGUAUAAACCCACUCAGCAGGGUCAGCACAACCAUUCACAGAGCCAGGAGUGCACCACCAAUCCAACUGUACCCCAGARCCUUUGGAUACACUUCAGGAAAUGUGAAAUCUGAUGGUUCAUUCAUCGCUGGGGAGUUGGGCAGAUGAACUUGACUAAACUCUACUCCCCUUCCUUUUUUUAAAGGGGCAGGGUGAUUGGGAAUGCAAAAGUGGGAGGGGAUAAAGGAAUAUCACAUGGUGGGAGGGAAAAUCCUAGGAACCAAAUUUGCUGGCUCUUUUUUCUUUUUUUUUUUUUUU